GGGGCAUUUUUAAGUAAAAAUAACAAAAGUAUCAAAGGCAUUUUUUCAUACAUCAAAUUAAUCUAAACUUUGGUAAAUGCAAGUGCAUUUGAAAUUUAGAAAAUUGGUAAUCAAUUUUUCUAAGUUACAUGUAGUCACAAGUGCAUGAAGUACAAUCCUAAAAAAAUGUAGGUAUAAUUUAUAAAUAGGGUGUCAAAUGGACAUGUCCACAAACCAUUCACCCUAAAACGAUCAGAUUAAGAACGGCUUUAAACACAGAUUUAUAUGCUGCUGAAAUUAAUUUUGUAUGAUACAUAAAAUUUAUCAAUGGUUUGUAAUUUCACUCAAUGAAGGCAAAAUGUUAGGGGUCAGUAAUUAUUUUUUAUCUUUCGAAUAGAUUUUUGUAUAAAUGCAGGGGUACUUUAUUCAUGAGGAUCCUUUUGUUGAAAUUUACGUCAUCCCAAAAUUUACUUAAAAUAACUGUGCAUCUAGAAAAUUUACCAUUUUAUCAUUUUAGGUUGAAAAAUUUGAAAAUGGAGCAGAAUUCAGAGAUACCCUGUCAAGAUGAUAUUGAGAAAAGAUCAAUAUAUUUUCAAAUGGACUGGAGUGAAGAUGAUGUUUACACAGAUGACAAGCCAGAUAGUGAAGAUGAAAUGGUAUCCAGUGUCUUUUCUGAAGAUGUCAGUGUGGAAUUUGAUCAAAAUUACACAGCUCAAAAGGGAAAAACGCAGAUGCUCUCAGCCAUGAAAUACAAAAGUUUUUUUUGUUGUGUAUUGCUGUGCCUUGGAACAAUUAGUGUGGAAACUGUUUUUUCACUCCAAGAAAAUUUUUGUUCACUGACUACAUCAGAGAGAAGUCAAUGGAUUCUAGAUUGGCUUUGGUCUCAUUACAGCUACCAUGAUGGUGAUCUUACCUUCAAAUUUAUAAUUGGUACAAGCUCUGUUUGUUUAACAGCAUGGUUGGCAGUACUGGGAGUACCAUCAUCAACAUUUUACAGUAUAAGAGCACGUUUUAAAAAUAAUGAAAAAGUUAUGCCAGUGAAAGGAAAGCAAAGUGGGUCUUUCGGCAUAGAGGCCUGGAACUGCUUAACAUGGUUAGAAGAAUAUGCUAGGCUCUAUGCUGAAAAACACCCUGACUCAUGCCACCUGGAUUUGCCACCUUGCCUUACUAAAAAAUCAGUUUUUGAAAUAAUGUCGGAGGAACUUCAUGACCAAGGUGUCAAGGUGGUAACAGAGAACUACUUCAUUUCUAUUUUAUGGAGAAAAUAUUGUAGUCACAUAAAAAUACCAGCAGCUUCAAGAUUUUCCAAGUGUGAUGUUUGUAUAAAAUUAAAGAUGGAAAUAGCCGAAACAAAAUCUAAAGAAACACGAAAAAAACUUUUUCAUCAGAGGAGACAACAUCUGGACAAACAAAGCCAAGAGAGAAGAAAGUAUUACAAACAUUGUGCUAAGAGUAGAAAGGAGCCAAACAAAUACAUGUCCAUUAUAAUAGAUGGAAUGGACCAGCAGAAGACAUUUAUUCCAAAUUUUGUUCUUUUGAGCAAAUUUAUGUCAGGAAUGUGGCGCUUGAGAACACACUUAGUCGGUACCAUUGUUCAUGGUGUAGGGGUUUAUGGCUUUUUUGACCAAUUUCAAUGGCCACAUUCUACCAAUUUAACUUUAACAAUCCUGGUUAAUGUAUUUUUUCUUUUAAAGGAUUCAAUUCCAGACGUUUUAUACCUACAAAUGGACAAUUGUGCAAGAGAGAAUAAAAACCGGUAUGUGCUUGCAUUUUUUACAUGGCUUGUGGAUAUAGGGUUAUUUAAAAAAGUGAAAAUAAGCUUUUUGAUGGUUGGUCAUACACAUGAAGAUAUCGACCAAGUUUUUUCAAGAUUUUCUGUCUGGUUAUCCAAGUAUUCAACUAUGACCAUGGACCAACUUCUAAAGGCAUUUGAAAGCUGUUACAAUCCACACCCUUUAUCAAUUCAACUUGACCAUGUUUUCAAUUUUACAAAUUGGUUAGAAAAACAUAUAGACAAAAUUGAGGGGCAUUCCAAGCCACACUGCUUUAAGAUUAAUAAAGACAAAGAUGGAAAAACCAAACUUUACUUCAAAAAUUGGUCUACAGACACGGAUUGGACAGAUGCAACAGCAGAGAAUGCCCUUUUAAAAUCAUCUCCAACGGACACACCAUCCCUUUUAAAGCCAACAUUGGACUUGGUAGAUUUAGGAAAAGUUGAGGACUCAAUAAAAAAAUGCAUUGACAAGCGUUUUUUAACAAAUGAAGAUGACAUUGCUUGGUGGAGACAGUUUUUAGCAAAGUCAAAAGCUAAUGAUGAUAAUCAAACUACAGUUGACUGGCCCAUACCAGAAAUACUUCGUUGUAAAGAAAGACAAAGAUUAGUGGAAAUCCAGUCUGAUGUUCAGGAAUUACAGGAUAUAGUUGAAAUACCUGUAGAGGUAAUGAUUUAAUUUGUUGAUCACUAGCUGUUAAAUUAUAUAUUUUUGUAAAUAACAAAAUGAAGAAGGGUUUAACAUGACAGUUAGUACUGAACCCAUAUCCUAAGUCACAAAGUUUACUGAAGUAAGGUAUUACUGUACAAUGCUGUAAAUUAAGAAAUUAUUGCGUGCAUUUAUUAUUGCGAUUUUGUCAUUUUAGACUAAAAUGCGAUUUUAAUUUUUGCUAUAUUGAGAAAAAUCCUGUUUAAUUCAUAUAAAAAAUUUCAAAAUGCGAGUUUAAAUUAUUGCAAUUAUAACCCUGUCGCAUUUUUCGCAAUAAUAAAAACAUCGCAAUAAUUUCUGAAUUUAC